AUAGGCGGGGCCGGGCGGGCUAGCGAGGGUUCUUGGUGGGAACCCCGCAGCCGGAGAAGGGCUGGGGCCGUGGCGUUGAAGCCCAGGUUCGCGGGGCCGUGCCGGCCAAAUGACCCCAGGGUCCCUUCCCAGGUGGUCCUACAGCCUUUUGGAGACCUGGGCAGCGGCCAAGGCCCGCGCCCCUCCUGCUCUUCUGCUGGCUUCCAGCCCCCACCCUCCUGAUUCCUGACCUAAAGUUCAAACCCGGGAGAGGAAAGAAUACAGACUACCCCACCCCCCCGCCACACACACACACCCUUCAGGCUUGAAAGGAAAAAGUCCCACUUUUGCCCCGUCACUAGAAACUCGGCCAUCCGAGUCAGCCAAGCCGAGUGACGUUAGACCGAUCCGGGCUCCUGGCUAGCAGAAUGGAGACACUGCCACGAAACCCAUACCUGCGGCUUAGAGCAGGACAAAUUAGUCAAGAUGUCCACGACUUCGAAGCACUUUGGACUGACAUGUAAAGAAGAAUUGUACAUGUUUAAAGAGUUUGAAAAGGUUCGCCGGGAGACUAAAAAGGAUUAUCUCCGAUUCAAGGAGAAGUUGAUCUCCAAGCCGGCUGUAGAUGAAGUCCCGGUCUGCGGCCUGCAGGCCCCAGGCCCAGUCCGGUCUUGGGAAAAGGGGGGCGUUUCCAGUAUUGGACACCAGAAACCAUCACGGUCCCCUUGGGCUAAGGGCCCUGUGACCCCCUAUGCAGCCCUCCUGCGAGAGGCGCCGCGAGGCGCAGCACGUCCCCCGGGCCCGAGAGAGGGGGCCGCUCCGUGGAAGACGGGGCCGUUUCGCCUCCAGGACUUCUACUUGCGGAGCUCCGCGUUCCUCCGGUACCGGCCGCUGAAGAAGCCGCCGGUCAUCGCCACCACAGCUGGCACGUCCAGACCCAUGGUCCUGAUGCCACCGCCUGCGCCAAGGGAGAAGCCCGCAGCGCGCUGGGGCCGGAGGAUUGCGCAGCUCACUGGCGCUAAGCUGGUCCUCCCUCCGGCCCCGGCCCCGAGGUACGAUGCGAAGCUGGAGCCGGCUCCGCCCGCAGGGGCCCGCAAAGUCAAAGACGGGAAGGGCGAGGAGGAGAACGUGGAUGCGGCCAUCCGGCGGAAGAGAGUGAGGAUUCGCACCCACUUCUUGCAAGAGGGCGCAGCCAGGAAGCCGCGGGAAUCAGCCGGGUCAUUUUCCAAAACAGACCGGGAGAGUGUCCAGCUGAGCGACCGGUGGCAGGCCGUGCCACAGGCCCCACUGCCGGUGCGAGUGAUACCGACGUCCAUAGAGGAGAUCAUUGCUUCGCUGCAGUCCGAGGCCCAGCUGGCUUCCGACCGGACUAUAAAAGAGCUCAUACAGAGCAUUCUCGGCCAGAGCUACGACUUUAAGAUGGAAGAUAUUUCUUUAAUGGGAAAAAUGUACUGGCAGAAAACAUCUCAAAUGCAAACAGAGCAAGGAUUACAGAUGAGUAUUGAGGAACCUCAAAUGAAUGUGUUUGAGGAACUCCCUGAAGCUACGUCAAAUAUUUUACAGAUUGAACAAGAGGAUGUAUUAGAAUGGGGAGCCUCAGAAGCAGAAAUGAUGGUAUAUAAACCUCAGGAAACUUUUGAAAUUCAGCCAGCGGAUGAAUCAAGUAAACCUUUGGAAGAUGAACAGCCCACACGUGAUUCAAAAGUGGCCAAACAGGUGUCUGUAAAGGUGAAAUCAUCAAAAUUGUUGCGGAUCAGAGGAGAAGAAAUUAAGCGAACACAAAAAAGUAAAUCAGAAAUUCCACCAAAAAGAAAGCCUACAAAAUCUCUGCGGGAUCAAAAACUACCUAAGAUUAAAAUUCCGCAGGACUACCCCACCCCUACCCUUCAUGACCUGUGCACCACCGUCCCAGCCCGGGAGCUGCCAGUUGACUUGUGCCUGGCUUCCCGGGUGUAUCAUACGGCCGACAGAAAGGGCCACAGUGCUCUGCUUGACCUGUUUGGAGAUUCUGUCUUAGAUGAUCACUCUACAGCCGAAGAGCAGAGAGACAGAGUACUGCAAGGAAUUCCUGUUAUGGGUGACACUCAUGGAUAUGUUCCUGUCCUUUCAACAACACCAAGGACACCACCUGAAUUGUCACAAGGAAUUAGACAGUGUGCUCGCCAACCACACCUACAACUCCUGGGAGAGGAAAGAGUAAAAUCUGCAGAAGAGUUGAGGAAGGCGGGGACCAUAACUCCAUUAGAGAUUAAAGAUGACAUGCAAAACCAUAUAAAAGAGGUGAAGUUUCAGAAAGCAAAGGAAUUGGAGCGUCAGAUGAUUGAACUAAAUGAAAUUGAGGAAUCCCACUCUGUGAAAAGAAGUAUAGAUACCAUCUUAGAUAGCAUGCAGCACAAUCACAGUAUGAGAAAUCUGUCUCUCUCUCUCAUUGAAGCAUCUAGAAAAGCUGGCAUUAGUUAUAUUGUUUAUCCCAGGAAAAAGAAGAUGAAACGGAAGAAAGGAUUGAAACUCAGUAAACUUUCGAGUAUAUUGAAUGAUUUAUCCAAGCCUUCAAAGAUUCUUAAAAGGUCUUGUUGA